AUGGAUUUGAAUAUGAAUAUCGAUCCAGAUAUCGUACUUCGUUUGAAUGCUGCACACCAAGAGCAUUUAUUAACUUAUUGGAAUGAACUUGAUCAUGAACAACGAGCCAUCCUCAUUCGAGAUAUAACCAAUAUUGACCUCGAUCAUGUGACACAAGCAUUUCAUGAUAUCAAAGAUCAAUUAGAUGACAAGCCUACUCAUGAUGAUUUGAACGGAGAUGACAAGAGCAAAACAAUUGAUGAAUUGAUGGAACCUAUUCCAGAGCACUUGACUGGUUCAGUUGAUCAAACAACAAAAGAUCAAUUGGAGCAUUACCGUCGAGAAGGUUUGAAAGCAAUUGCCGAAGGUUCUGUCUGUGUUUUAUUGCUUGCGGGAGGACAAGGAACUCGUCUUGGUGUUGAUUAUCCCAAGGGAAUGUAUGACGUAGGUUUACCUUCGAAGAAAUCUCUCUAUCAAAUUCAAGCCGAACGAAUUCGACGACUUGAACACUUAGCCAACGAAGAAUUUGGCACGAAAAAGGCCACGAUUCCAUGGUUUAUCAUGACAAGUGAACAUACUCGAAUUUCGACCGAAGAAUAUUUCAUCAAACACAACUAUUUCGGUUUGAAAUCGCAGAAUGUCAUUCUUUUCGAACAACACACACUACCAGCAUUGGAUUUUCAAGGCAAAAUCUUAAUGGACGAAAAAUAUAAGUUAACGAAAGCUGCAGAUGGUAAUGGUGGUCUGUAUCGCGCAUUGAAAACACGAGUUCGGGUUGCAGAUCCAGUCUUUAUCGGAUACUGUUUGGAGAAAAAAGCUGAUUGUGCGGCGAAAGUUGUGAAGAAAACCUUCCCGAAUGAAUCUGUUGGUGUUAUUUGUAAAGUGCGAGAUCAUUUUCAAGUUGUCGAAUAUUCCGAAAUUACAGAAAAAACAUCUCAACGAACAAAACCUGAUCAUAGCGGUGAUUUGCUAUUCAAUACUGGAAAUAUCUGUAAUCACUUCUUUACAUUCGAUUUUCUUCGAGAUGUUUGCGAAAACCAUGAGAGUCGACUUAUUUAUCAUAUCGCUAAAAAGAAGAUUCCUUCGAUUGAUAAAGAUGGCCAUCGUGUUGAUAAACCAAUCGAAAUCAAUGGAAUUAAACUAGAAAAGUUCGUCUUCGAUGUCUUUUCAUGUGCCAAGAGAUUUUUCGUAUGGGAAGUUCGUCGUGAUGAUGAAUUUUCUCCAUUGAAGAAUGGAUCAGGCACAAAAGAUACAGCAGUUACUUGCCGUCGUGACUUAAUGCUUCAACACGUCCGCUGGCUUCAAGCAGCAGGUGCUGUGUUGCCACCAAAUACCGCAAAACAAAUUAUUUUAGCGGAUAAAUUCCAUGAUAAUGAAAAUAAUUCCAACUGCAAUGUGGUGGAAAUUUCUCCCCUGAUAUCAUAUGCAGGCGAGAACCUCGAAUUCACCAAAGGACAAACAUUGAAAUUACCAUUGAAGAUCGAAAUGAAAUCGAUACCAAAUUUGACGAAGAUCGUAGUCAGCUUCGCUAUGCAUUGCAUUCGUUUAAUGAUCGUUCUCAUUGCAUUAUUCUACACGAAUGGUCUUAUUCAAGGAAGGACAACGACUCAAGCGUCAGCAAACAUCAAGGAUUACACCAAAUAUCUGCUAAACAUUAUGGAAGUGGAGAAUGAAUACAAGCUCUUCUUGACUUACAUGAAACUCCAUCCUCCUGAAGAUGAAAAAAUGAAAGCUCUGUACAACGAGUACUUCUCUCACGAUGCAUAUCUGUCUGAUCUCACUGAAAUCUAUAUCAAAUAUUAUACCCUAGAUGAUAUUUUGAAACUUAUUGAGUUUUACUCGAGUUCAUUGGGGAAAAAGACUCUUCGAUUUCACCAUGACGUAAACAAACAAAUGGAAGAUAUGAUGUUGAAUAAAAUCAGUGAUUACAUCUUUGCAUUGACCGAUCAAGGUUUCGAUGUUAUUCUACCACCUAUCUCAAAUUAA